GCCCCCGCCGGGAGGCUCGGGAUCCAGCAGCAGCUCCACGCGGCCGGAGGGCGAGAAAAUAAGAGGCCCGGCCGCCCGUGCAUCCAGCCAAGCUCCUGGGGGACGGAUAUUGGGGGUCCGGGCAUUCGAGGGACGUGCAGUUGCAUCACGGAGAGCCUUUGCGAACCGUCUGGGGUUUUGGCGGAGACAUUUGUGUUUCGGGGCGCAGCGCCCCUUUGUGCCUUUAGAAGGCCGCGUUGCCCGGGUUACCGAAGGCCGCCGCGUCGACGCCCCGCCCCUGACAGCCCCGCCCACGCUGGCGGCGGCCGCCCUCGCCGCUGCCUGAGAGACCUUGCGGGAUUUCAAGGAACCCGUGAGAAGUUUCUACAAUGGUGGCCUCAGCUCUCAGGAGAGGUGCCCAUGCCUAUGUCUACCUGGUGAGCAAGGCCAGUCACAUCUCCAGGGGCCAUCAGCACCAGGCCUGGGGAUCGAGACCUGCUGCAGGAGAGUGUGCUGCCCAGAGAGCUCCAGGCAGUGUGGUGGAGCUGCUGGGCACAUCCUACCCUCAGGACGACUACAGCAACCUCACCCGGAAGGUCCUCACCAGAGUUGGCAGGAACCUGCACAACCAGCAGCACCACCCUCUGUGGCUGAUCAAGGAGAGGGUGAAGGAGCACUUCUACAAGCAGUACGUGGGCCGCUUCGGGACCCCGUUGUUCUCGGUCUACGACAGCCUUUCUCCAGUGGUCACGACCUGGCAGAACUUUGACAGCCUGCUCAUCCCAGCCGACCACCCCAGCAGGAAGAAGGGGGACAACUAUUACCUGAAUCGGACUCACAUGCUGAGAGCGCACACGUCUGCACACCAGUGGGACUUGCUGCACGCGGGGCUAGAUGCCUUCCUGGUGGUGGGUGAUGUCUACAGGCGUGACCAGAUCGACUCCCAGCACUACCCUAUUUUCCACCAGCUGGAGGCCGUGCGGCUCUUCUCCAAACAUGAGUUAUUUGCUGGUAUAAAGGAUGGAGAGAACCUGCAGCUCUUUGAACAAAGUUCUCGCUCUGCGCAUAAACAAGAGACACACACCAUGGAGGCCGUGAAGUUUGUAGAGUUUGAUCUUAAGCAGACGCUUACCAGGCUCGUGGCACAUCUUUUUGGAGAUGGGCUGGAGAUAAGAUGGGUAGACUGCUACUUUCCUUUUACACAUCCUUCCUUUGAGAUGGAGAUCAACUUUCAUGGAGAAUGGCUGGAAGUUCUUGGCUGCGGGGUGAUGGAACAACAACUGGUCAAUUCAGCUGGUGCUCAAGACCGAAUCGGCUGGGCUUUUGGCCUAGGAUUAGAAAGGCUAGCCAUGAUCCUUUACGACAUCCCUGAUAUCCGUCUCUUCUGGAGUGAGGACGAGCGCUUCCUGAAGCAGUUCCGCGUAUCCAACAUGAAUCAGAAGGUGAAGUUUCAGCCUCUGAGCAAAUAUCCUCCUAUGAUAAAUGAUAUUUCAUUCUGGUUGCCCUCUGAGAAUUACGCAGAGAAUGAUUUCUACGACUUAGUCCGAACGAUUGGAGGAGACCUGGUGGAAAAGGUUGAUCUCAUAGACAAGUUUGAACAUCCAAAGACGCACAAGACCAGCCACUGCUACCGCAUCACCUACCGCCACAUGGAACGGACUUUGUCCCAGAGAGAGGUCAGGCACAUCCACCAGGCCUUGCAGGAGGCUGUAGUCCAGCGGUUGGGCGUGGAGGGCAGGUUCUGAUGUCACCACUUCACCCAGGCUGCAGCCCUCUUGGGGUUCCAGGAUUUGCUGAAAGAGAAAAAGAUAUGGUUUGUGAACUGGGGCAUCAAUCAUCUUUUGAUAAAUGGAUCAGUCUUAGGACUUUCACAAAAUAAAAGAUCACUCUUGAAAAGCU